AUGGGGGCAUUUCAUUUUGUGUCUAGCCUGGAAAUCAAACCCAAGACAACCCACGUUCCAAAGAUUUACACAAAAACAGGAGACAAAGGGUUUUCCAGCACAUACACUGGGGAGAGGCGAUCUAAAGAUGAUCAGGUCUUUGAAGCUUUGGGAACAACAGAUGAACUGAGUUCUGCUAUUGGGGUUGCUAGUGAAUUAAGCCAGGAAAGUGGCCACACAUUUGUCGAACAACUUCACAAAGUCCAGUGUAUGCUGCAGGACAUGGGCUCCAACAUUGCAACUCCUCUCUCCUCAGCCAGGGAGGCUCACUUAAAACGGACAUCAUUUAGUGAAAAGCCAGUGCUGGAGCUGGAGCAGUGGAUUGAUAAAUAUUCAGACCAACUUCCACCUCUCACUGCUUUCAUUUUGCCUUCUGGAGGUAAAAGUAGUGCUGCUCUUCAUUUCUCCAGAGCGGUCUGCCGAAGAGCAGAGAGGUGUGUUGUUCCUUUAGUACAAGGAGGAGAGGCAGAUGCAAACGUGGCCAAAUACUUGAACAGACUUAGUGAUUUUCUCUUCAUUUUGGCACGUUAUGCUGCAAUGAAGGAAGGGAAGGAAGAGAAAAUAUAUACAAAAUGUGAACCAUAAAUUGGAGAUGGGACUAUACUUUCUAGAUCAUGAAAAGCUAAAUCCAGCCCAGUUUUCGUUCUGCAGGCAAGGUGGAGAGGAGAGAAUGAGCAUGAAUUCAAAAUGUGAAUUGCCACCAAUUCCCCACAAUAAAAUCAUUCAGGAACUUGUUUAUAACACUGUAGAAAACAUGCAGCCCUUCUGUAAAACUCACCACCUUUGAGCUAGUGUCCAGAUCAAAGUGUCAGAUUCUGAAUUGUUUUCAAAACUGCUUCACAUUGUGUUUGACUCAGGCUGGGGUGUGAGCUAGGAGGCUUCAAAAGCUUCAGAAAAACAAUACCAUCUUUACAAACACAGUUUAAUGCUCAGAGCGGUGGCAGCUGUGAUUGAAAGCGCUCUGAUGAAAGGAAGAGAGAAAAAGCAUUUAGCUGCUUGUAAAGGUUUAGAGUACUUAACACAACCAGGAAGUGUGCACAGAUUAAGGAGCCCAAUCCCGAAGCUCUGAAAAAUAAAUUUGAUUUAUUUACACCAAAGGGCUUUAAACUGUCUCACUUUACUACCAAACCCUGCCUGCUUUUCCCUUUUAAGUUGCCUUCAAUCCAUCAGUUCUGGCUGGAGCUGGAGGAAGCACUUUGUAGAUUUACAGGAAAGUGCUAAGAACUGUCUGGGCACUCUUUGCCUGCCCUAAUACAUCUGUGACGAAUCACUUGCUUCUGACAACUCCAGUACAUCCACAAUCAUGAAUGGGUUUGGGCAAAGAAAAGGGAUUAAACAGAACUAAGUUUGAAGACUAGCUUUGUAGUCAGGCUGAGUCUUACCUUACCAAAGAUGGCAGGAUGACAUCCAACAACAGACAGCUUAUUCCCAACUAAGGCCCCACUCCCACAAACAUAUGUGCACAUACUUAACUUCCUACCAUGAGCAGCCCCACUGAUUCCAGUGGGGCUGUUCACAGUAGUAAAGUUAAGCACAUGCUAAGUAUUUUCAGGACGGAGACCUAAAAGCUUUGGUAGUGUGAACUAAAGAGCACACUGCUUACACAUAAAGGCAGUAGUUCCUUGGAAAAGGAGCCUGCUCAGGGUAUUUAAAUAGAUUUUUUUUACCUCUCAUCUGAAAGACGUAUCCUAGUCUGCUAUGGCAUUUUUAACUGACCAUUCCUUUACCUGGAAACAUUCUCAAAGACUGUCGCAUAAUUUCCCUUUUACCUGAGUUUGGUGAGAUGUUUAAAAAUGAAAUGAGAAAAGGAAUCACCUAAGCCCCUGAUAAAAAAGCCUGAAGCAUCUUCGGGUGAACUAAAGAAGCUGGCUAACUGAAAUGCCAGGUUCUCAGAAUAGCUGUGUCAGAAAUCUUUUCCAGCUGGGAUGGUGCCUUGAAGAUUAGGAAAACAGCCUGUUGACCGAACACAGCACAAUACAGCUAAUUAAUGGGUAAACACCUUGAUAAACAUGUUUUAUGAAACUGGGUGUCCAUUCAGGGUUAUACAUGCAAUUCCAACCCUCCUACUGCAUGGAUAUGAUUUGGAAGAGCAUUUCUUGAAAGGCGCAAACAUCCAAGGUUGAUACCAAGUUACAAACAAACAAAAGACUUCAAAACUCUACAUCCAUAAAGAAAACAUCUACUCUCUGUAGGAUGAUUGUGCUAUACAAAAAGCUCAAGGAACUGAAUAGUUAUAAUUGCCCCAGCUCUGUGGGAGGGGAUUUGUCCUUAAGUCAGACCACUUUUACAGUUCAGUAUUUAAUUGGAAACAACCUUAAACUGUUUAAAAAAAAAAAAAAA